AUGGUAAAUCACCUCAACCUCCUCCCUCCCCCUCUCCCUCCAUUCAUUUCAGAGAAGCUCUACUUGGCUCCUGAACUGCUGCGGGAUGCGAAAGCAGCUCAAACGGGCAGUCAGCCGGGUGAUGUCUUUGCAGCAGCUAUUGUGAUGUAUGAGAUCUUCGCCAGAUCACCUGGCCCCUUUGGAUUCGACGAUGUGGAUAUUUCUAAUGCCUACAAGAAGUUGGUUCAAAAUUCCUGGUCAGAGAAUCCGAAAUUGCGUCCAACUUUUAACGAACUUGAAAGUCAAUUGAAACAGCUCACUAAAGGGAAGAAAACAAACAUAGUUGAUCAUAUGCUCAAAGUCAUGGAGACGUACUCCGCAAAUCUUGAAAGUCAAGUUAAUCAAAGAACUGCUGAACUCCAAAUUGAGAAACAAAAGACAGAAAUGUUGAUUGCCAAAAUGCUUCCUCCAUCAGUUGCUCAAGCUCUACUUUCUGGUGCUCCAGUAGAUCCAGAGGCAUUCGAAGAAGUCACCAUCUCUUUUAGUGAUAUCAUCGGUUUUACUACCAUCUCGGCUAAGUCGACCCCAUUGCAGAUAGUCACUCUGCUCAAUGAACUCUACUCAAUAUUUGAUGAUAUGAUUCAAACGUUUGAUGUCUAUAAGGUUGAAACAAUUGGCGAUGCCUAUAUGGUGGCUUCUGGUUUACCAAUUCGAAAUGGAAACCGUCAUGCUGGUGAAAUUGCUACGAUGGCGUUAGAGUUAAUUAGUAUCAGUGGAUCAUUCACGAUUCCACAUAUGCCUGGUGUUCCGCUGUACCUGCGUCUUGGGAUAAAUUCAGGUCCUUGUGUGGCUGGAGUGAUAGGAUUGACAAUGCCGCGAUACUGUCUCUUUGGAGAUACUGUUAAUACUGCUUCAAGAAUGGAGUCAACAAGUACAGCUUUUCGGAUUCAUGUCAGUCCGCAAGCCAAGGCAAUUUUAGAUGAACUUGGAGGAUACCAUCUGGAACACCGGGGCAAAGUCUUGCUGAAGGGGAAAGGUGAAGUUGACUCCUAUUGGUUGGUUGGAAAGGACGGCUUUGAUAAGAAAUUGCCAGAUCCUCCUACUGGCGAUCCAUUAGAGUACCUGAACGAAAUGAUCAACAAGGUGACUCCAAUUUCUGAAGCCCAUGCAACAGAGCAAGCGCAGGCUAGUCAAAACACCUCGGCAAUUCUGGAAGGCAUCAAUAAGAGCCUGAGACGAAGUCAGGGCCCAAAGCACAUGGAAGUCAAGAACGCCGAGAAGCGGCAUCGACAACGCAAAUCCAAGAAUUCCACAGCAAUAAAUUCAAUGGAGAAUUCAUCAUGCCGUUCUGAAGAAAUUAACAAGAAAUGUGAUUUGACAGUGAAAAGAGUACAAAAAAGCAAGGCACAAUUGAGAGAGCAGUCUCAAAUGAUUGUGGAUGAUAUGGAACAGGUUAUAUUUGCAAUUCUCACUUCUUUGAAAUCCUUACAAGCAGAAUCUAGAGCGACAAUGUUCAGUCUUCAAACUCAACUUCAUAAUUCAGAACAUCAGUUAAUUGAAGCUAAUGAAACCAUUGCCACACUGAAAGAAAAGGUGAAUAAUUUGGAAACUACCUUAUCAGAAAAUCGUCGACUUUAUGAGAUCAGUCUCCAAUCGAUUCACAUCACAUAUGUCAAUUGCAUUGAGACAAUAUUUGAAAAACUGCAAAAUUCGAUCUUGACGGAUUUGGAACACAUGGUGCCUGUGAAUGAUGCUCUACACGAAUUAUACGCUGAGAAAUUCAAAGCCCUGAAUUUGUCCUGUUCCUUCGAUAAAAUUUAA